AUGUGCGCUGGAGAGGGAAGAAGAGAGUCGAUCCUUGUCCGUAUUUGUCUGGAGUUCAAUAGUUCACUCGGAGAAUAUCUACAGGACGUUGGUGUUCUCCGAGAGAGACCAAUAGACUACUAUUGUCUAACUUGUCACUGUGUGCUAUGUCAUAAAUGUUUUCUGAAAGAACACAACGUUCACGAGUAUUUAGAUGUAGAAUGUGAAACUGUGAAAGAAAAAGCUACAGAGCUAGUUUUAACCUCAGAGAAAUUCAUCCAAAAUAAAAUCAAAGACUUGGAAGAAACUCAUGUGAUGUUAGUAGAAUCGAGAGAGACACUCCAGCGUUUUACUGAAGAUGCUUGUAGCAGAAUAACCAAACAAACUGAUAAAAUUAUAGCAGAUAUAAAGGCUAGCAGUGAGAGAAUCAUGACAGACGUCAAAAAUAAGUCUCAAGAAUCAGAAUCGAAAUUGACCAAAACUGAAGAGAAAAUUAUGGUAGAUAUAAAAAAUUUCAAACUGAAUCUGGAGACGAAUUUUCCUUCUUUAACAGAAGAUUUUGAUUUACAAAUUUUAGUUUCAUUUGAGAAAAUAAAAGAGCUAGAAGAAUUGUGUAAAGAUGUGAAAGUUGAAACACCAUCAGUGGUUCAGUAUCUUGAUUGGAAAGAAAAUGAUUUUAGUUUAAUUACAGACAUGUUAGGAUCCAUGGUGUUAAAACAAUAUGACAAUACCAAACUACACGAGUCCAUGGUGUUAAAACAAUAUCACAUACCCAAACUACACGAGUCCAAUUCAUAUCAAUUUUAUUAUAAUAUAAAUGAUAUAAAGAAGGAUGAUGAAGUGUUUUACAGUCAAGACAAGUUUAGUUACAGUAACUUGGUAUGGAAUUGUUGUGUAAUGAGGUAUAAUGGUUAUUUAUAUAUUUAUAUUGGACUAUUACCAGAUGACAAUCCUAGAUUAAACUAUUGUAUUAUUGAUUAUCAAAUCAGUAUAUUGAAUAUUGACAAUAAAACUAUAACUAAUACAUAUAGUGACAAGAGAUUAGAGAGAGGUCAUGCGGGUUGGUAUUUAUGUUGGGCGAAGUCUAUCACCUGGUCUAAACUCACUGAUAAAAACAAUGGUUAUUUGAAUUCUAACAAUCAGUUUGUGAUUCAAGGGAAUAUCACACAGAUCAGAGAAAUAUCAUUGAAAUAA